GCGGCCGCCCGCACUUCCCGCCUCUGGCUCGCCAGAGGACGCGCUGGCACACCUCCCACCCCCUCACUCUGACUCCAGCUGGCGUGCACGGUCUGCCUCGCAUCCUCACGACUCAGCUCCCUCCCUCUCCCGUGUUUUUUUCCUCCGCCGCCCCCUCAUUCAUCCCCACUGGACUCCCUUUCCCUCAAAUGCUCUGGGGCUCUCCGCGCUUUCCCGAGUCCGGGCUCCGAGGACCCUUAGGUAGUACCCGUCCCUUUUAAGGCUUCCCGGCUUCCAAAGCAUUGCCACGUCCCUAAACCCUGUCUCCAGCUCUCAUACACACACGCACACUCAGACACGCGCGUUUUCUGUUCCUGGGUGACACCCGCCCUCGCCGCUCGGCCCCGCCGGUGUUCGGGCUGUGCCCUCCUCCCGCCACACGGGCACGCACGCGCGCACAGGGCCAAGCCCAAGGCAGCUCGCCCGCAGCUCGCACUCGCAGGCGACCUGCUCCAGUCUCCAAAGCCGAUGGCAUCUCCGGGCUCUGGCUUUUGGUCCUUCGGGUCGGAAAAUGGCUCCGGGGAUUCCGACAAUCCCGGCACAGCGCGAGCCUGGUGCCAAGUGGCUCAGAAGUUCACGGGCGGCAUCGGAAACAAACUGUGCGCCCUGCUCUACGGAGACGCCGAGAAGCCGGCGGAGAGCGGCGGGAGCCAACCCCCGCGGGUCGCCGCCCGGAAGGCCGCCUGCGCCUGCGACCAGAAGCCCUGCAGCUGCCCCAAAGCGGAUGUCAACUACGGGUUUCUCCAUGCAACAGACCUGCUGCCGGCGUGUGAUGGAGAAAGGCCCACUUUGGCGUUUCUGCAAGAUGUUAUGAACAUUUUACUUCAGUAUGUGGUGAAAAGUUUCGAUAGAUCAACCAAAGUGAUUGAUUUCCAUUAUCCUAAUGAGCUUCUCCAAGAAUAUAAUUGGGAAUUGGCAGACCAACCACAAAAUUUGGAGGAAAUUUUGAUGCAUUGCCAAACAACUCUAAAAUAUGCAAUUAAAACAGGGCAUCCUAGAUACUUCAAUCAACUUUCCACUGGAUUGGAUAUGGUUGGAUUAGCAGCAGACUGGCUGACAUCAACAGCAAAUACUAACAUGUUCACCUAUGAAAUUGCUCCAGUAUUUGUGCUUUUGGAAUAUGUCACACUAAAGAAAAUGAGAGAAAUCAUUGGCUGGCCAGGGGGCUCCGGCGAUGGGAUAUUUUCUCCCGGUGGCGCCAUAUCUAACAUGUAUGCCAUGAUGAUCGCGCGCUUUAAGAUGUUCCCGGAAGUCAAGGAGAAAGGAAUGGCUGCUGUUCCCAGGCUCAUUGCCUUCACGUCUGAGCAUAGUCAUUUUUCUCUCAAGAAGGGAGCUGCAGCCUUAGGGAUUGGAACAGACAGCGUGAUUCUGAUUAAAUGUGAUGAGAGAGGGAAAAUGAUCCCAUCUGAUCUUGAAAGAAGGAUUCUCGAAGCCAAACAGAAAGGAUUUGUUCCUUUCCUCGUGAGUGCCACAGCUGGAACCACCGUGUAUGGAGCAUUUGAUCCGCUCUUAGCUGUCGCUGACAUUUGCAAAAAGUAUAAGAUCUGGAUGCACGUGGAUGCAGCUUGGGGUGGAGGAUUACUGAUGUCCCGAAAACACAAGUGGAAACUGAGUGGCGUGGAGAG